AACGCGGUGUUGCGAUUUUUUUUGUUUCUAAACAUUCGGCGGCGGCUGGAAGCGGAGCCGGGGCUGGAGGGAGGGCGGCGGGGGAGAAGCAGGAGGGAAACCCAUGCCCUGGCCCGGCUAUCCUCCUGCUUGCUAGCCAUGAGCCACCCGUCAUCGGCCGGACCGGGCGGUAGCGGCGGCGGGCUGAGCAAAACCGGCAAGCACACUGCUCCUUCCCCGGCCCCGAACGGCCUGUCGGCGGCAACAGCAGCGAUUGCAUCCGCCGCCGCUUCAUCUUCUUCCACCUCCUCCCCUGCUGCUGCCGCCGCCGCCACCACCCCCGGGGCCGUAGGUGGCUGCGGCACGGCGGCUGCUGCUGCAACAACGGCGGCGGCUAUUAUCGGUGUCGGUUCCCCGCCUCCACCGCCCCUGCACCAUCACCAGGCGGUGGCUGCCGCCGCCGCCGCCGCUGCCGCCGCCGCCCAAGAACUGACCUCGCUCUUCGAGUGCCCGGUCUGCUUCGACUACGUUCUGCCGCCGAUCCUGCAAUGCCAGGCCGGCCACUUAGUGUGCAACACCUGCCGGCAGAAGUUGACCUGUUGCCCGACUUGCCGGGGCUCUCUCACCCCUAGCAUUCGCAACCUGGCCAUGGAGAAAGUGGCUUCGGCCGUGCUCUUCCCCUGCAAGUAUGCGUCAACUGGAUGUUUGCUGACCCUUCAUCACACUGAGAAGCCGGACCAUGAGGACACCUGCGAGUACCGACCUUACUCCUGCCCCUGCCCUGGGGCUUCGUGCAAGUGGCAGGGCUCCCUGGAGCAAGUCAUGUCUCACCUGGUGCACGUGCACAAGAGCAUCACCACCCUGCAAGGGGAGGACAUUGUCUUCCUGGCCACAGACAUCAACCUGCCUGGCGCGGUGGACUGGGUCAUGAUGCAGUCCUGUUUCGGGCGGCACUUCAUGCUGGUGCUGGAGAAGCAGGAGAAGUACGAGGGCCACCAGCAGUUCUUUGCCAUCGUGCUGCUGAUCGGCGCCCGCAAGCAGGCGGCGAACUUUGCCUACCGGCUGGAGCUGAACGGCAAUCGCCGUCGCCUGACCUGGGAGGCGACCCCUCGCUCCAUUCACGACGGCGUUGCCACGGCCAUCAUGAACAGCGACUGCCUGGUCUUUGACGCGGCCAUCGCCCACCUCUUUGCUGACAAUGGUAACCUGGGCAUCAACGUCACCAUUUCAACUUGCUGUUCGUGAUAUAUAUGUGGUGGUGGUGGUAUUUGGGGUUGCCAGUCUUGUGAUGAUCUGUUGCUUACUUUAUUUUCGGUUGUCUUCUCUAGACUAGACACGAGAUCAUUGUGAAGCUUCACUGACUAUGCCAAUUUAUUUAAAUUAUGUUGCCACAAUAGCUUUUUUAAAAUAAAUAUAUAUUUCAGAUUGGUUGCAAUUCUUUAGAUUUUUCUUCUCCCCAUGUUUCUAGUGCACAACAUUGUUAACCCAUAACCUGCCUUUAAGUUUAUUUUUUAAUUCAUUCAUGAGAUAAGGACAUCGCUGGCUAGGCCAGCAUUUAUUACCCAUCCGUAAUUGCCCAGAGGGGAUUUAAGAGUCAACUAAAUUGCUGUAGGCCUGGAGUCACAUGGAGGCCAGACCAUGUAAGGAUGGCAGAUUCCCUUCCCUGAAGGACACUUGUGAACUUGGUGCGUUUUUAUGACAAUCAAUAGUGUUUAUACGUGCUCACUAUUAAACACAAUAAAAGCCAAAGUUAGCACCGCUGCCUCAAAGCACCAGGGACCCAGGUUCGAUUCUAGCCUCAGGUGACUGCCUGUCUGUGUGGAGUUUGCACGUUCUCCCCGUGUUUGUGUGAGUUUCCUCCCACAGUCCAAAGAUGUGCAGGUUAGGUGGGUCGCCCAUAGGACCCAGGGAUGUUUAGUCGAAGUGGGUUAGACAUGGGAAAUACAGGGGUAGGGGAAUGGGUCUGGGUGAGAUGCUUUUCGGAGCAGCAGUGUGUUGGGCCGAAUAACCUGUUUCCACACUGUAGGAAUUCUAUGAUUCUCUGAACUGUGGAUGCUGGAAAUCGGAAGCCAAAACAGAACACCAGGUCUGGCAGCAUCUGUGGAGAGAAAUCAGUGUGAGACUUAGACUAGCUUUUGUUAAAUUCUAGAUAAUUUGCUAUGGUGGAGUUGAAACACACAGAUUAACCUGGACUAGUGACAUUACUGCUACCUCAUAACCUCCCCAUGACAUCUAAUACACUCUCUAAUUUCCAAACCUUUCGAUCCUGUUUAUUUUCCCUCAAUUUCUUCAAAAUUUUAAUUUUCUAUCUUCCUGCUUUUUCCCUGAUAAGGUGAGGAACAGAAGUGAGCUUUCAUCGUCUUGAACUGGUUCCGUCAUUCUGUAGCUCAUGGCUGAUUGGGGGCAGUGGGCUGCUUUUAAUUCUUGCUGUAUCCACAUGCAUGUUUUACCCUGCCUGGUGUAACCUUGAGUUAUGGACAGUGACGGUAGAAGCUCCAAUUUUCUUUCCAUCAUCUGGCUGACCAGGAAUCUCUCUCGCUGUUGCAGCCUGCCUUUGAGGUGUUGUGGGAGGAACUGCAGGUUGAUGGUCAUUUAUAUAGCUACUUUGUGAGCACACCUUCCCUUGCUACCAACUGAGCCUCUUGGCUCAGAGACAGGAAUUAUACUCUGAAGAUGCUUCCUUCCUAGGGCUCUGGUUCUAUGCAUACCCUCUGGCACCAGCAAUAUCAAUUUGUAUUUGAGGAUAGAUGGGCGAUGGUAAGUAGGUACUUAGGGAGGCUGUAACUGAAUGGAGUAAAUUAAGUACUAGUAAUGAAUGGAAUGAAAACCACUUGUGAUACAAUGAAGAUAUGAAUUGGGAGCAGGAGUAGGCCAUUCAGCCCCUUGUCUGCUCCAGCUUUCAAUAGGAUUGUGGUUGACCUGAUUACUCCUUGUUCUCAUCUUCCUAUGAUAACCUUUCAACCCGUUGCCUAUCAAGCAUCUCCCCGCCUCUGCCUCAAAAAUACUCAAAAGCUUCUGUUUCCACGCCUUUUGAAAAACACUAUUCCAAAGGCUCAAGACCCUUUGUAAGAAUGUAUCUUUCCUGAUAUCCACCUUAUGUAACUGAUACCUUAUUUUGAAACAGCAAACCUCAAUUCCAGGUUCUUCCCCAAGUGGUAACUUCCUUCCCUUCCACAUUCACCCUGUUGAGACCCCUCAGGAUCGAAUGUUCCACUGUGAUACCACACUGUCAUACUGUUUGAGGCUGGUCAACCUACAAUACUGUUUCCUCCCAAAUGGUUCAUCAUUGUUAAGUGCUUGUAGCUGCAUUAAUGUGACAUAACUUGCACAGUACCUUUAGCACAGCAGGAUGACAGGCAAUUAUAACAUAUAACCUUAAGUGCACCUGCCCCCUACCAACCCAACCCAUCCCCUAGGAUUCACGAUGACUCGGUGGUUAGCACUGCUGCCUGUCAGUGCCAGGGACCAGUGUUCGAUUCCACCCUUGGGCGACUGUGUACAGUUUGCACGUGGUCCCCAUGUGCCUGCGUGGGUAUCUUCCAGGUGCUCCAGGUUCCAAACAUACUCUGGGGAUAGGGUAGGGAGUGGGAUCCUCUUGGAAGGCUUGGUGUGGACUCGAUGGGACAAAUGGCCUGAUUCCACACGGUGGCGAUUCUAUGAUUCUAAAGCAGAACGUGUUCACUACAGCAGUGAAUCAGAUUGGAGUGAGGCAGCUUAGUCUAAGGGGAUUUAUACAGAGGUUUAUAUUUGCUCCUGCCUGGUCACUACGCUGGAAAGUGUGAUUUCCUCAUCUAUAAUGGGGUUCCUUCCUCCUCCUGUUGGGGAGCUGGGGUGGAAACAGUUGCAUGCAGUGGUUCCAUGCAAUAAUAGGGUAAGUUAGUUCACUGGGUCACAUGUACAGAGGAGAGUUUUCUGUACGAGUGGUGAAUGUCUUCAUUUGCAGCCCUAUUUAGUUUUUAAAAAGGGGAUGCUUUUAAAUUUUCAGGUGCACCAGCCCCACACUCCUAAUCUAUGGGUACGCAGAGCCAGCAGGGGACGGAUGUUGGAUGGUCAGAGGUCGUCCUUAUAGACCUAGCCAAAGUGGCUAUCAAACGGGUUGUGUAUGGGGUCAUUGUGCCUGACGGUAUUGUCAUCUCUCUUCGAAAUGUACUUAAAUGCAAAAGUGUGCAGUGACCACGAGCCCAUUUGAGGCCUUUAGAGGCCAUAGGGUAUCACAGAGGCUGGAGUGCAUCGUCACCCACUGAAUGAUAUUUUAGUUUGACUUUAAGUUUCUGUUCUGUACAUUUUCAUUGGUUUACUUAUAGUCAUUGGUACACUGCCCAGUAGGGGUUGUCUAAUCUGUUUUAGCUUUCCUUUAUAAAAGAGGAGAGGGUGUGUUUGCAUGUUUAUUCAGCAAGGUCAAGAUCAUUUGCAAUUCACUCUGUUUUCAUUUGUCAGAGUUUGUACAGGAACAUGAGUUGUAAUGAACUAUAUACUACCUGCAAAAAGAAGGUUGUGGCUGGGCUCUGUCUCGUAUAUAUAUUUAUAUGUACGCACAUACAUGCAUAGACACAUAUACAUGAACAUGUGCAUGCACUACACCUUAUAUACACAUACAUAUGAAUACAUGCCUACGCAGAAACACAUGCGUGUAUGUAUGUAUACAUGUAUGUGUUGUCUCGGCCAGUUAAAAAUCUUAAUGGUUAAUUACUUCACAUUUUCUACAUUAAAGAUCUAAAAUGAAUAUAAAGGCACAACUCUUAUAGUUAGCAAAUGCAUUUCUGGGCUUCAAUAUGAUCUGUACUUACACUUGUUAAAAAAAACCCUUCAAUUUCAGGCCAGCUGGGAUAAACUCAUUUGCUUCUGUCAACCAGCAUUUCACUUCUUUUCCCUCCAGUUAGAAUGCUAAGCAUU